CAUAUUUAAGCCUGUUCCAUGGACCAUCCAGACGCUUUCUCCUACUCACCUCUCAACCCCGAGGCGGUGGAGAUCCGCCUCCUCACCAUCCUACCGGAUAGAAAUGAAAAGAGCUCAGUGAAGUGCACCUUGCAGACCGUCUCACUGAACAACGCACCGGAGUUUGAGGCCCUCUCCUAUGUCUGGGGGAGCGUGACGGAAAAGGUCGGAAUCACCCUGGACGACAUCCCCUUCCAGGUGACGACGAACCUCGAAGCGGCGCUCAAAUGCCUCCGACACGCCCGGAAGAAACGCUUCAUCUGGAUCGACUUCAUCUGCAUCGACCAAAACAACCUCAAAGAAAAGAACACCCAGCUGCCGCUCAUGGGCCGCAUCUACAAAGACGCCACCGCGGUCGUCGCCUGGCUCGGGCCCAUAACUUCUAACACGGAACAGACCAUGGCGAUGAUAAAGCGCCGCGAGAGCAGCCUGGCGGGGCUCUUUCACGACGUACGGCUGGCCGUCCGCCCGUGGAGCCAGAAGGCCCGCCGCGACGACAUCGGCUCGAUUCUCGACGCCGUGCAGGGCUUCCUGGACAUCGUCUCCGCGCCGUACUGGGGCCGCAUCUGGACCUUCCAGGAGUACUACCUCCCCGCAAAGCUGCCCGUGUGCAUGGUCGGGCGCGUGCCGUUCACGCUGCCCGCGCUUGUUGACCUAGGCCUGCACUUUGCGGAGAUCCUGCGCCCGUUCAUGGACGAUCUCGACAAGGUGGCCCCGCGCGCGGGCGACGCCGCCGACAUCGAGAACCACCGCAAGCUGCAGGGCCGGCUCAAGGAGGCGACCCAGCGCCUCACGCAGUCGAACCCCAUGCAGGACUUUGCGCACGACAUCGCCGCCAGCCGGAAGGGCUUGGCGUCGUUUGCGGAGGUGCUCGAUCUGACUGUCCAGCGCCAGUGCUUCAACCCCCUCGACCGCUUCUACGCGCUAUACUCGAUGGUUGACGGCGUCCAGAAUAAGUACCCCGUCGACUAUGAGUACACGGCGGACGAGGUCGCAAUGCAGAUCACGCUGUGGAUUCUGAUCUACGAGGGGAUUGAUUUCGUGUUCAACCUGUUCCAUUUCUACGACGAGCCUCAUGGGAACGUUGCGGGGUAUCGCAGCCCGUCGUGGGUGCCGAACUAUCGUGACGCGACGUCGAGGACCAGUUUCAGAUUCAAGGACCUUGACAAGUCGCUCCAGGACUGGGAGCAGGAGCAGAAGGAGCAGAUGACGAACUUGUCGGUGCUGCUGGGCAAGUACGUGCUGCGGUUCUGGGCCCGGAGGGUGGGAACGACUCGAGUCGUGUUCAAGUUUCCGAGCGAGACGGCGGAAAUCGCCCGGCAGGUUUUACAUGCUGUCAAAGAGCCGCCCGCGGAAUGGGGCAACGGUGUCGACGAGGCGAACAUGGCAGAACGGCUCAUCUGGGCCUUUCUUGCGCAUGGCAGCAUGCAACAGAUGUUCCCCGUCAACGACAUCCUCAACGCGCUGGAAGAGCUGUCCAGUUCUGAGGGCCCGUCUGACUCGGCCCUAUCGUCGGCGGUUGGGAAACUGCUGCUGCGGGAUUUGCCGCUCCUCGCGGGGAGGACGGUCUUUCAGCUGGCAGAUUGUACGACAGGUGGGUUCGGCGUGGGCAUUGGGAACAUCCAGGAUGGGGACCUGUUGAUUCUAUCAGGUAAGAUGACGAAUCCAAUUGCUUUGCGGGACUCGGGGUUCCGGGACAUCGACACCGACUCAGAUGUGGUGCAUUAUAGGAUGGUUGGGAAUGCGUUUGUCGAAGGCAUUGCAGAGGACCAGAAGGAUCUGCCUACUCCACUGGUUGGUGAGCUCAAGGGAGCGAAGUUUGAGGAGUUCUUGAUUUGGUAAUUGUUACAGACCCCUACUAGUUAAGCUACGAGCAAAGCAGACUUAUUAGGCAGAAAGUACUGAAAAG